AUGCAGUCCAGUACAAUUUCCGGUGUAUCGCCGAGCUUCACCAGCCAUUCUUCUAGCCACCUUAUGGAUGUUGCUGCUAGGGUUGUCCAAGAAUUUCGCCACGAAAAUGGCGACGAUUAUGAUGAUAUCUUAAACUUUAACGAUUUUCAUUAUAAUAACAAUGGGUUUUCUGCUCCGGCCGCCGACGAAAGAGCUGAUACUAACUCUCCUCCACAAAAACUGAAGGGCGACAAGAAUUGUGAUGACGAUGAGUUCGAGUUUGCUGUCGUUUGUACGGACGUUAAUUCAUCUUCAAUUUCAGCUGAUGAGAUCUUCUCGCAGGGUCAUAUAUGGCCUCGUUACCCUUUAUUUGAUACAAGUUUAUUGUUGGACGUUGAUCCUAAUUUGAUUAAGGUUGUCAAUGGUUCGCCGAAGACUGACUGUAAGCCGUCUCUGGUGGUACGGCUUCCUCUGAGAAAGCUUUUCAGCGAAGAGCGCGAUUUCGCGGAUUGGUCCUCACCGGAGGCGGAAAACCUCGACGGAGUUACUCCGGGAAGCUUUUGCGUUUGGAAUCCGAAGCCAGAGUCACCUGAAAGGAGUAAGAAGAGUAAUUCGUCAAGGCGGUGGAAAUUUCGUGACAUUCUCCACCGGAGCAACAGCGACGUUAAGGAAACGAAGGAAACGCCAUUUCUCCUCUUCAAGCCUUUAAAUGCAACGAACAAGAAGAUGAACAAUGAAAAUGUGAAGAAGGUUGAGAAAAGCGCCAAGGUAGCGGCAGCCGUCGGCGACGUUGCUUCGGCGGAGGAAAAUAAUCCGUCAAACAAAGCAGAAAACAGAGGUAGUCGGCGUCGGUCGUACCUACCGUCUGGACAAGCUCUGGUUGGUGCAUUUUCUCACGUAAGCCGAUCAAACAGAUAUCUACGUCCCUUUUAA